UUGAAAAAAUUAUUUUCAAUAAUAAACGAUCAGUUUUGUAAAAUUACGACAGGAUUGUUAAUUUUAUAAAUAAAAAAUUAAUAAAUACUCAUUGUAAAGUAAGUUCAAAAUUUAUUCAAUAGUGUAAAUAUUAAAUUAUUGUGUCAUAUUGCAAAAUGGCAUCAAUGAAAUUCGGUUCGCAUUUGAAGGAAUUAAGGUUUUUACUGUGUCAAGCAUCAAAAUCUAGUCAAGGUGUUAGAGACUUUAUUGAAAAACAAUAUGUUCCACUGAAAACGAGUAACCCUAAAUUUCCAAUGUUAAUAAGAGAAUGCUCUAAAAUAGAGCCCCGAUUAUACGCUAGAUAUGAAUUUGGGAAAGAAGCUUCAGUCUCAUUAGCAGAUCUAAAUGCUGACCAAGUUCUUCAAAAAGUUCAACAAUUAGCAUCAUCAAAGCCAUAAAGUACUUCUUUGUAAAAAUAUUACGUAUGUGUAGAUAAUAGAUUCUUUUAGUUAAUAAUAAUAACGACAAAAUAUUGAAUACAUAAA